AUGUCACAUGCUUUGGCGAUUUUCUCCAUUCUCAGUCUGCCUGCAGCUGCUCUCUAUGACUCCCAGAAGAAAGUUGAGCAUGCCCGACUCUAUGGGAAUGUUGACUCAUUGGCGUACUACUUUGUAGACUUGGUGGUUGGAACUCCACCGCAGAGGGUAUCAGUGAUCCUGGAUACUGGCAGCGGAAUUUGCGCUUUUCCAUGUGCCGGCUGCAACCAUUGUGGUCAUCACAUUGAUCCGAUCUUUGACAUCGAGAAGAGCGGCACAGCAUCGUGGCUGAAGUGUGCAUUCAACCGUUGCCCCGUUGGACGUUGCAUGUCUGAGAAGUGCUACUACUACCAAGGCUACACUGAAGGGUCUUCAAUCACAGGCUAUUGGUUUGAGGACAUGGUCAGCCUUGGAGACAUGAUCCAGCACAAUCCGCAGGUCAAAGCCAGGAUGGGAUGCCAUUCGAAUGAGAACAACUUGUUCUACACGCAGAAGGCCAACGGCAUGAUGGGAGUUGGGCCUGGUGGAUUAGAACAUGAAGCCGUUCUAGACCAGCUGCUGCAGGAUAAAGCUCAUGUGUCUCGCAAAAUCUUUUCAGUUUGCCUGGCUGAGUGGGGCGGUCAAUUCAACGUAGGUGGCUACAAUGACUCGUACCAUACUGGUCCAAUGCAGCUCAUCCCAAUGAUGCUCCGUGGUUUCUAUGGAGUGGGCCUGACCAAGAUGGAGGUCGGUGACAUGAGCAUCACCAACUGGCACCAAUCGAUGAUUGACAGCGGCACCACGUACACCUACAUGAACUCGAAAAACUACAGGCUCCUGGCCACCGGGGUUGAGAAGGCAUGUUCAGGGCAGAGCCAGCCCUGCGGUGGCAAGAAGCAUGGCUCAAGCUGCUGGAAGCUUCCCAAUGGACCCAGCAAGUUUGCAGCGAUUACAGUAUUCUUUGACUCGGUGGAGACAAAAUGGGUUCCAGAGGCCUACCUGUACAGGAAAGGGGACUCCGACACCUACUGCUAUGCCUUUCAAGAUGAUGGCCCUACAGCGAACACGGUGCUGGGUGCUGUUUGGAUGAAGCAUCAGGAGAUCGUGUUUGAUUUGGACAACAAGAAGGUAGGCAUUGCCCCAGCCCGUUGUUCGAUCACCCAGUGUUCAGAGAGACACUGCAGUGUAGUACUUGGUGUGUCUAAACAAUAG